UCACUUUCAAUUCCGUUUUCAAAUACAGAAGUUGGACAGAGUGUGGAGUCUUUGGUUUCCCAUGUUCAGAAGUCACCACCAGGACAGCAGUGUUGAGUAUUCACCAUGAAGCUAGAGAUUUGUCUGUUCUUCGGAGUGACAGUUUUCUGCGUAUCGACAGCUGAUUUCUCUCCUCCAGUGGUAAACAUCAGUCUGGACGUGCCUGCCUUUCAGCGAUGGGCUCCUCUGAAGAAGCUCUAUGACAUUGAUUUCUUGAGAAAAGCCGCAGCUGAAGUCAUCGACUCAACUGUUCCCGAAUGGGUUCAUGAUGCAGUUAAACCUAUAGUGAAGGCUCUGGAGAAAUACAUCCCACAGCCGUACGCUGGAGAAAUACAGGGCAUUGCAUCCUUCUAUGGCACUGACAUUGCAGAUAUUGUGCUGUUGAACUUUGCCUAUGAAGUAUCUGCCUUUUGCACCAGUAUUGUAACUCAAGAUACAAAGGGCAAUAUAUACCAUGGCAGAAACCUGGAUUAUCCCCACGAUGUGCUCAGAAAUCUUACUGUAGAUGUAAUGUUUAUUAAAAAUGGAAAGGUGGCAUACAGAGGAACCACUUUUGCUGGUUAUGUUGGGCUGUGGACAGGACAAAGCCCCAACAAGUUUACAGUGUCUGGCAAUGAACGCAGAAAGGGAUAUUGGUGGGAGAAUGUAAUUUCAGCAGUUUUAUUAAAAAGUUCUCCAGUUAGCUGGCUAGUGCGAGAGACUCUUGAAGAAGCUGUGGAUUUCCAGGAUGCAGUGUUUAGACUGGCCAAGGUGCCGAUCAUUACAGAUGUUUAUUACAUUUUGGGUGGUGUUCAUGCUCGUGAGGGUGUAGUCAUAACCAGAGACCGGAGCGGACCAGCUGACAUCUGGCCUCUUGAUCCACUUCUUGAAAACUGGUAUAGAGUCGAAACCAAUUAUGACCACUGGCUACCUGCCCCAAAACGAGACGACCGAAGAGAUGUGGCCAUGAAAGCACUGAAUGCCACUGGUCAAAACCAUAUUAGUAUGGAUUCUCUUUAUCAGGUUUUAUCCAUAGAUCCAGUAUGUAAUAGGAUCACUGUUUAUACAACCAUCAUGAGUGCUGCCACUCCUGAGAAGUACAAAACAGUUGUCAGAGAUAUCUGCAUGUGAUGGAAUAACUCGUUCCCUUUACCAGCUCAGCCAUAAUUUCCACACAGCUUAGUUCUGAUCUACUCAUCAACUUCUGCUUCUCUUCUGCUUUUCACAAUGGAAAUGAGUUGUAUUUUAAUAUCUAAAAAGUAGGGCUGCAAGAUAAAAAGCCUACUGUAUAUCCUAUUCCAAUAGGGAAAAUACUUGAUUUUUUUAGUUGAUGACUUGAAUAGCUGUAUUUGGAAAGAAUCGUUAAAAAAAAUUACCAAUAUCAGCACGACUGCAAAUGUAUAACUGAUUUUAAUAACUGUUUAACAAAUAAGAAGUUAAUAUUAAGUGACUUAAAAUUAAUAAGAAUAAUAUUUUAGUUUAAGGGUUUUGCUCUAUUUUGUCAACACACAAAUGUAUACUUCUGUAAUAUAUUAAAGCAAGCCCCAAGAAAUUGUUGUUUACAGUGAAUUUAUAAUGGAGCACCUUUAUUAUACUGCAUGCAUUACUGAACAUUCAUGAAGAUGUACAUUUAUACAUUAAAAAAUAAGAUGGA